UCGGGAGCGGGAUCGGGAGCGGGAUGGCCGGCCCGCAGCAGGCCCCGCACCUCCACCUGGCCGAGCUCACCGCCUCCCAGUUCCUCGACAUCUGGCGGCACUUCGACGCGGACGGAAAUGGCUACAUUGAAGGUAAAGAGCUGGAAAAUUUCUUCCAGGAGCUGGAAAGUGCAAGAAAGGGGGCGGGUGUGGACUCAAAGAAGGACAAUUUGGGUGACAAGAUGAAGGAGUUUAUGCACAAAUAUGACAAAAAUGCAGAUGGCAAAAUCGAGAUGGCAGAGCUGGCCCAGAUCCUGCCCACAGAGGAGAAUUUUCUGCUGUGUUUCCGCCAGCAUGUGGGCUCCAGUUCAGAGUUCAUGGAGGCUUGGCGCAGGUACGACACGGAUCGCAGCGGCUACAUCGAAGCCAACGAGCUCAAGGGCUUCUUGUCGGACCUGCUGAAGAAGGCAAACCGGCCCUACGACGAGCCCAAGCUGCAGGAGUACACACAGACCAUUCUGCGGAUGUUUGACAUGAAUGGUGAUGGGAAGCUGGGCCUCUCGGAGAUGUCCCGACUUUUGCCUGUGCAAGAAAACUUUCUUCUGAAGUUUCAGGGAAUGAAGCUGUCCUCAGAUGAGUUCAAUGCCAUCUUUGCCUUCUACGACAAGGAUGGAAAUGGCUUCAUUGAUGAGAAUGAGCUGGAUGCACUUUUGAAAGACCUGUAUGAGAAGAAUAAGAAAGAGAUGAACAUCCAGCAGCUCACCAACUACAGGAAGAGCAUCAUGAACCUCUCCGACGGGGGCAAGCUCUACCGCAAGGAACUGGAGAUGGUGCUCUGCAAUGAGCCCCCCAUGUAGGACCCGCAUAUACACAGCCCACGCUCCUCCUCCCCGAAAACAAGCACAAAGGGGAGCCCCCAUCACUGCAGAGCUCCCCCAGCAUCUCUUGGGUUUGCUGUAGGUUGCUAAAAUCCCAUUUGGGGGAGAAAACUUUUUUUUUUCCCAUCUGCCUGGUUUGUUUAAUGAUAUAAUUUUUUUUUUUCUUUGCGGGGGUGUUGUUUUCAUUCCUUUGGUCUCUUGAGUUUUUAUCAUUUACCAAAGAACAGUUUACUAAUAAAUUCAAGUACUGCUA